AUUUAAUUGAAUGUCUGACGGUUGACGGAUGACGUUCAAAAUAUGCCAAAUUAUUUAUCGAGUAACCUAGAAAAUGGAUUACAUUUUUUGAUAUAAUCGAAUAUGUUUAUAAUUUAAUACUUAUUAAAAUAAUGGUUCAUCAAAAACUGUUCGAAAAUUUUGUAAAUACUCACAAGCUUCAGUUAAUUUCAUCUGGAGUACCUCAUCAUUUAUGGGAAACGUUAUACCGGAAAGUAUCCAAGCAAAUAUUCGAUGCCGGUGGAACUUUUUGUUUGCUUCGCAUUGAUUAUGAAGAUGGAAAUCGUGGAGAAUUCGAUGCGGUAUGGCAACUUAGAGUCAGUAAUGAACAAGGCAUUAAAGCAAAUGAUUCACAGCAAAUAUACAUAGUAGAUCAUGCUUGGACAUUUCGAAUGGAGAAUGCAAAACAACAACUUUAUGAAUUGCAUUCUUUAAGAAGUCGAUUGGCAAAUUUACUUAAUAUAAAUCAGGACCAGGAUACAGAAAACCUUAUUGAAGAAAUUUAUAAAGUAAUGUGGAAAUAUUGCAAUUACUAUUCCAUAGCAAAUGCAGAAAGUGUGGAGGAGCAAACUCCAAUUUGGUAUAUAAUGGAUGAAGUUGGUUCUGCAAUAGGACAUAGUGAUGAUCCCAAUUUUAGGAUGGUACCCUUUUUUUACAUCCCUGAUCAGAUGACAUACUCUGUAGUGUUUCCAGUAAAAGAUGUUGACUUUGAGGAAACUGUAACAAGAAAUUUUGUUGAGGUAGAAUGUACUGAAGAAGAAAGAGCGGCUUAUUUACUGCCAUGGCAAUACACUUCAUUUUUGGAAAAAGAUCACAGUCACAAAAAAUUAAAUGCUGACUAUUUUUUAAGUGGUCAUGUCAAAGAAAGAAUCCCAAGUAUGUACAAAUCUCAAGGUGCUGCGUUUAAGAAAUCUUCAUACAAAGUUUAUUCUGAAUACAAUUUGAUAAAUAAGUACUUAACUGACCCUAAAUUCAAAAUUGUUGACAGUGAAAAUGAUGCUGACAUUUUGUGGUAUACCAAGCAUUAUAAAACAUUUGAUGAAUUAGCUGAAACUCCAGAAAAAUUCAUAAAUCAAUUUCCAUUUGAAUAUGUUCUUACUAUAAAGGACCUAUUGUGUAUUGUCUGUAGAAGAAAAUCUGAUUCAACGCCAGACUGGCUUCCAGUGACUUAUAAUUUAAAAAUAGAAUUAGUGGAGUUUGUAAGUUAUUUUCAAAAAAAGGAAAAAGCAAAAUUAUACAACUAUUGGAUCAUUAAACCGUUUAAUCUGGCAAGAGGGUUAGAUACUUACAUCACAAAUAAUAUAAAUUGUAUUAUGAGACUGGCCACAACUGGACCAAAAGUUGCUCAACAAUAUAUUGAAAAUCCUGUACUAUUUUUUGAACAUUCUGUAAGUGGAAAGGUAAAAUUUGAUAUUCGUUAUGUGCUUUUACUUGUCUCUGUGAAACCACUGAAAGUUUAUGCUUAUAAAAAUUUCUUUUUACGUUUUGCUAAUAAACCAUUUGAAUUAAAAAAUUUUGAAGAUUACAGUCAACAUUUUACAGUGAUGAACUAUACAGAUAAAGGGGAAAUUAAACACAUGUUAUGUUCUGAUUUUAAAGUUGAAUGGGAAAUGCAAUAUGCAGAUCAUCCUUGGGUAAAUGUUGAGAAACAGAUUUUUAAAAUGUUCAGUGAAGUUUUUGAAUGUGCUGUUAUGGAAGAGCCUCCUUGUGGGAUUGCAAGUAAUCCUCAGUCAAGAGCGCUAUAUGCAGCAGAUGUAAUGCUUGAAUGGGCAGAAAAUGAGAUACACCCCAAAUUAUUAGAAAUCAACUGGAUGCCUGAUUGUAAAAGAGCAUGUGAAUAUUAUAAAGAUUUCUACAAUGAUAUUUUCAAUCUACUUUUCUUUGAUGUAGUUGAUGAUGUUUUUCAAGAAUUAUAACUUGAAAUUAC